GUCUUCUUUGAUUUCCAUCCGUCAUAAACUUGCAAAUUAAAAGGCGUGCUCCUUCUGUCCUCGGGUCGGCUUAGCUCACUUGAACAUGAUAACGACCGGGUUUUCGAGCUGUAUAUAUAAUAAUACCCUUAGCCAAGCACCACUCUUUACAAAACAUAUCAUCAACGACACAAUGGACCCUCCACGCGAAGUCAACAAGGACCCUAAUCCCGUUACAACCGAAAAGAAGAUCGAAGACCUGUACAACCUCAUCCGGGGUAUUGGCUUUUGCAUGAUGACUACCGUCUGCAAGGAUACGGGCGGAUUGGUGAGCCGUGCCAUGUCUCCUCGCGCGGUAAGUUCUUUCUCUUAUAACACUUCUCUUUUUGCUCUGUUGAUCGGCGAAAAAAUAAACCAAGUAGUAACGUUUCAUCUUUCCACCAAACAAUAUCAUAAGCCCGAAGCAGCAGAUGCACCAGCCGACCUGUGGUUCUUUGUGAACGCCACCAGUCCCAAAAUCAAAGACAUUGAAGCCAAUCCCAACGUCAACCUGGCGUUCCACAAGCAAAGCACCUCCGAAUGGAUCAGUGUUUCUGGCAAAGCCGAGAUCGUUCAUGACCGAUCCAAAAUCAAGCAACUCUACAGUGUCGAUCUGAAGCCAUGGUUCGGUGAUUUACAUGAUGGUACCCAUGACGGCGGACCAGACGACCCUCGUAUUGCCUUGAUCUUUGUCACCGCCGAAAGCGUUCAUUACAGUCUCAAGGAUACGGCUGCGCCUUUGCAGAUUUGGCGCAUCACCAAGGGUAUGAUCACUGGUGAGGCGCCAAAGGUCUCGGCUGAACGCUCGUUGGAAGAAGACGAGUUGCAUCAUGGUCGCAAUAUCCGCAAGAUGGGCGAUUCUGUGGUGGAGUAAUCAAAGUAGUAUCCCAAUCACCCGUUCUUUAGCAGUAUUCCACUUUGUUUAUCGCUGUACCCAAGAAAUCAAUUGCUGAAAGAAAUGUAUAUGGAAGA